AUUUAUAUAUCCCAUGGAAGAUGAAACAAAGUAUAAUGAUAAAAAUGGGGAUGAAAAUAUACAAAUUAACAAAAUUAUAGAUGGAAGAGAUGAAAAAUGGAAGAGAUGAAAAUGGAACAGGGGAGGAUAAAAAAGAAAAUAAACAUAUGAAAAGAAGAGGUCAAAAUAAGCAUAGACCAGUUUUUAAAAAACAAAAAUGUUCCUUAAAACUAUGUCCUUAUAUUGCUAAGAAUAAACUUUGUCCAUAUGGCAAAAAUUUAGAUAUAAUUGACUUGGUAACUAAUUGUCAUUUUGAACACAACAUAGACCUUUUUAUGAAUAGCAAACCCAUGGAUAUUGGUGAUAAAUGUACAGCAUUUGAAACUUUUGGUAAUUGUAUAAAUAGUUUUACAUGUCGUUUUGCAUCAAGUCAUACAAAGUUGAAUCCAAAUAAUACAUGGGAAAACAUUUUAGACAAAGAAGUAUGGGAAAAUAAUGAAAAUCUUUUUCACCCAUUAAAUAGAGUUGAGAAAUCAGUAUUAGAAUGCUUAAGAAAAAGAAAAUACAAUUUUUCAUUGAGUGAGGUGGUAACCAAUAUUUUAUGCAAUAAAUCAACAGAUUCUAAUCAAAAGUACAAGAAUGCCGAAGAAUUAAUCAAUGAAAUGAAUGUUAAAUAUCCAUGGAUCACCUUAAAUCCCUUAUUUUUGAGAAAUAACAUUGAAACCCCUGAAAUUAAUAAAGAAUUUAAAAUUUUGAAAAAUCUUAAAGAGUCUGAUUUUCUGCCUACACAAGUUAUAAAUUCAGAUCAUGAAAAAUAUGAAAAUAAUGAGAUUGGUAAUAUAAAUGUUAAAAUUUCUGAUAGAAAAAUGUUUAGGGAAAAUAUUGAAAAAAGGAGCAGUGAAUUAAAUGAUCCUAGAAGGGCAGAAUAUUGGAAUAAUAAUUUAUACCUAGCACCACUAACCACAUUAGGUAAUUUACCUUUCAGAAGAGUUUGUAAAAGUUUAGGUGUUGAUAUUACUUGUGGAGAAAUGGCCCUAUCAUCAAGCUUAUUGAAGGGAAACAAUUCUGAAUGGGCUCUAAUCAAAAGGCAUCAUAGUGAAGACAAAUUUGGCAUACAAGUAUGCGGUUGCCAUGUUGACUCGAUGUCCAAAGUGGCCCAAUUAAUCUCUGACCUGACAUUGAACAGUGCUUCCUUAUAUUCAAACGAUUCCACUGGGAAUACUUUGUCCCCAUUUUCUAUUGAUUUCUUAGACAUAAAUAUGGGAUGUCCGCUAGACGAAAUAUGUAAAAAGGGAGCUGGGGCAUCCAUGCUUUCUAGGCCUGACCGAACUCUACAAGUUAGUUCCGCCAUUAGGACCAUUUUACCCCCACCUGUUGCACUGACUCUCAAAGUGAGAAGUGGCCUCAAGGAUCAACAUCCGUUGGCCCAUGGGCUCAUAGGAAAAUUGGCGAGUCAAACUCCUAGUGACGUAUCGAUGAUAGCUAUUCACGGCAGAAGCAAGAAUCAAAGAUACACGAAAAGAGCCGAUUGGAAUUACAUCGAACAAUGCGUAGAGGAGAGUCAUUCUGCAAUGCCCAUUUUCGGUUGUGGAGACGUUUAUUCCUACCAGGAAUAUCGUGAACGAUUAGAUCACACAGGAGUAGCAGGAAUUAUGAUAGGAAGGGGUGCUCUCAUAAAGCCUUGGAUUUUUACAGAAAUCAAGGAGCAAAGGGAAUGGGAUAUCUCCGCAAAUGAAAGAUUCGACAUUUUCAAAGAUUUCGUCAAAUUUGGUCUUCAACACUGGGGUUCCGAUACCUACGGGGUAGAAACUACUCGACGUUUCCUUCUGGAAUGGCUCUCCUUCACUCACAGAUACGUACCACUGGGUAUCAUAGAAACUUUUAAACAUUCCUCAUAUCAAUCCUCUCAAGAAUUAAUUCAAAAGAAUACCAAGCCACCCGACGAGGAUGUAAUUGUUUCUACGAGUGAUUACAGAAUAAUGAAAGAUUGCGUUCUCAUAAAUCAAAGACCUCCCCUCAGGUCGGCUAUGUAUGGGCGGAAUGAUUUGGAAAGGCUCAUGAGCAGCCCUGAUAGCAAGGAUUGGAUCGAAAUAAGUCGAAUGUUACUGGGGCCUACUCCGGAAAAUUUUGCCUUUUUACCCAAGCACAAAUCUAAUUCAUACGAUUUUAACACUUCCGGAUGACAGAGAAAAAUAACAUCAAUCCUCAUAAUAUAUUUUAAUGCAGUGAAUUUGUUUUUCCAUCUGUUAUUCAUAUUAGAAUUUUUUUUUUAAAAUUAAUGUCGUCUGACAUAUAUACAUUAAAAUUGUAACGCAAGAUUCCGAUGAAUAUUCUAAGCAUUAUUUUUUAUGAC